AUCAAGAGCGUUAGGUUCGGGACCAUAAUCAGCGGUUAAGAGGAAGUAGGAUACAACAGCAGUCGCCACCACUGUCGUUACCUUCACCACCUUGUCUAUUUGGGGAUUCAUCAUCGAGUGUGAGAGAAUAAACCAGAAAGCAAAAUUUCCAAUCUCAGUAUGUUAAUGUUCUUUUGCUCGGUAAAACGACACGUAUUCCCGUAUAUUGUGAGUUUGUAACUGUAAGACUUCAUGUCGUUAUUAUUUUUCAUACACACUUCAAAUAUGGAUGGGCCUAGAGAGAGAGGUAAGGCCCAAACAUUUCACGGCGUCGUUUUUUCUUUAAAGAUCCCCGGCUGGCCUUGAUGGAGAUCUCUUUUUCGGCGGUUGAAAACCUUUGAAAAAAUUGAAUAUGGAGAAAUCGACCUCGCCGGCGACUCAACUCACUGAACCUCCUCCUGCUACUUCAUCUCUUCCAGCACAGGUUUCUCCGCUUCCUACUACAUCUGCAGAUCAGAGAUCAGCCGAGUUUCCUUCUCCGACGUUUACUCCCGGGGCCACGGCUCAGCCUCCGUCGACGGUUACCACGGAUCCGUCGCCUAGGGGAAGAAAGCGAGCGCUGGAGACGAAUCUUCGGAUCGAAAACUCCAACUACUACAAGAUGCGUCUCCUUCUCAAAGAUCUUCGCCCUCACGUUCUCGAGGUUUUACGAACUCCAGACUUCAGGAACUCUAAGGCAGCUUUCGAGAUUCAAGAAAAGAUGAAGCACAUGCUUCAACUGUACCAAGAGAUGAUUGGAGGAUCACCCAAACGUGAGAAAACUGCUAAGACCGAGUCUUUAUCCAACGGAAAGGCCAUUAGUGAAACACCUCAACCUACUUCUACUAGUACUGCACUGAGAUCAUCUGAGACGAGUUAUGCCCAAACCGAGAAGCUCAACACUCUUGGAGAUGGCGACAAGGUGGUUGGAGGGUCGGCAUUUGGCUGGAACUUCAUUACCGGAGGAGGCACAGACCCUGUUUACUGUGGUAUGUCAAAGGAAGACUACAGAAGCUCUCACCCAAUUCUCCAACCCGAGGCAGAAGAGGUUGAGCUGCACAAGACAUUAUAAGCUUUGUUUUGCUUUCUGCAUCUGUUUGUUAAUGGAGUUUGUAUAAUAUUCUCUUGGUGUCCAUACAUCCCAAGGUCUCUUAUGUAUCAACUGAAAACAAUGGAUUAGCUUCUGCCUUGAUGAAGGUUUGAAAUAGUAUAAUGCUUAACCAA